AAAUGUCUCUUACUAAAAAGUAACUUCUAUUUUCAGACAUACUCCUGUAUAUGCCAUUUCUCAAAAAUAAUCAGUUCAAAAUGAUCCUUAUGACAAAGAGGCAUAGUUUGGGUGGCAUAUUCAGCUACCCUUAACUGUGAAAGAUACAUGGAAAAUACCUUGAUUCAAAUGAAGUUUAUCUUGAUCUAUUAAAGUCAGUUAGUAUUAGAAAACAGCCCAAAUAGCUUUGUAUUUUUAUAAAAUAAUAUACUGUAGGUUUAUAGAAAAAUAAAUACCUUUGGCUAUCAAUUUCAGAAACUAUAGAGAGCCUGACCAACUUUUCAGGUAUCCAUCCAUUGCUACCUUUUAUCAUGACUAGUGGCUAUGCAAAUAUCCAUGAAAUCAGAUAAAGAGGGAGGCUACUGGUUGAUGGAAAUUUUACUGACUUUUAAAGUAGAGAAGGUAGGGUCUGUAAAAUGUAUUCCAGUGAACUAACGUUGGGGAAAUAUGAGGAAGAAAAAAAAACAAUGUUAUUGUUCACUAAGCAUAAAGCCAGAUUAUGCUCAUCACUGGCAAUCUUCUAAAGAAAUGGCAAAGACAGAAAGAAAUCUCACUUUUUUAGAGCUAAGUGGAUACAACCCUUUACAUCAGGUAGGAUUUGCAAUGUGGACUCAGAUACCAGCUGAAGUUAAAUUUCCCUUUCAAGAAACUGGCAAAUAGAGUGCUGUUUUCCUUGAUGAUGACACUUCAAAAUAAAGGACUCAAAGAUCCUUGAGGAAAGUUCCUGAGUUAAGAGGCUGGCCAAAGACUUAUUUAGCAGUCAAAAGGAUUUACCUACAUUUGGAAAGGACAGAGAAAGAAAUUCUGAAAGAGAAAAAAGAAAAUAGAGGGACCUUCAGGGAGAAGUCAGUCUCUUAUUUUCUAUUUGUAUUUGCCCUUAAACUAAUCUAUGCUACCCCCCUCUAUAAAAUAUACUGAAUUCGCCUCCCACUGUCUGAAUCAGUUUUGUUUCUUCAAGUGUUUGGUAAGUUUUCUUCUAUUGCAACAUAAAUGCAGAAAAAAUUCUCAAUAUUUUAAUGACAUUUAAAAAUUAUUUUUAUAUAUUUUAUGAAAUUUAAAUGGGAUACUUUGGAAAUACUGUAAUGUAACAUUGCUAAAAGUAACUCAUUGAAAUAAACGAUAGCAAGAAAAUAAUUGGAUAACAAGGGGAUUACAAGCUAAUGCUGAAGAGUGAUUAAAUUUUCUCAGAAUUUAAGCAACAGUAAAAUUGUCUAUAUAUAUACUUUAACUAAGUAUAUAAUAUUAAGUAUAUUCUUUUAAUAAAGAUUUUCUUAGACCAAAGUAUACUUUCUUUUCCCUGCAUUUGAAUUUUCUACUUGUUCAUUAAUGACAAAUUAAUUGCUCUUGUAAUCAAUGCAAGUUUAAAAAAAUGUCUUUAAUUAUAUUUUAUCUAGAAAAAAACGCUACUGAGAUUAAACACUUAAAGACCUAGGUUGAUGGAGAGAUUCAGUAUUUUUCAGGUUAGGAGGACACAAUAUUUCAAAGCUAACAAAUUUACCAUAAUGAAUGUAUAGCCAAAUACUAAGAUAUUUUUCAAUGUUACAAGUAACUAUAAUACUUCAGCAGUACAGACUGAUCAGCAGAACAGUGAAAAUUCAAGAAAUAAGUGAACUAUUCAAUAUAUGAACAAUUAAUUUCCUCAAAUCAGUGGAGAAAAAUAUAUAAUACGUUGUACUGAUUAGUCAGCCUGUUAACAUUUUUAAAAAGUUAAUUCUCUAUACAAGAAACCAAGUCUGGGUUAUUAUAGUUAAAAAUUUUUUUAAUCGGUUCUACUCAUUAUAAGUUAUAAUAGGAAUUGCUGUUGAAAAUGAAAACUGGUACCCCUUUGGUGGUAGAAGAGAAUUUAGCCAUACACCUGGAAGAUCUUAAAAUUCUCUAUUUUAUUAGCACAUCUUGUUCUACUUCUAGGAAGUUAGUGUUUGGAGCAUAUUCUCCCCUCCCCCCCAUAACAGAGAGAAAACCUUUACAAAAUGGUAUAGUCUGUGCAAAUACCGUUAGAAAAAGAAAAUGUAUGCAUAUACGUGCAGAUAAAAACAGCAUAUUUUAUUCUCUGCGCUUUUUAAAAUGUAUCUACAGUGUUAAAGUUGCCUUGUUUCAUGAGGAUGGGAUGGGAAACACAUAAAAAGAGGAGAAAAAAAUAGCCUUAGGUCUUGAGGCUAGAAAGCGCUCGGAGAACAAAAGGGAGCCCCCACGGCAGCGGGCGGUGCCUCUCCAGAUCCCCUCCUCCAACCCAGAGGCACGUCCCGCCACAGCUCUGCCGGUUUUCACUCUGGUCCGCAGAGGUUGCCUAUAAAAAGGAGCUGCGCGCCCUGGCUGCACUCUUCCGCUGUCCGGCUUCUCGGGGAUGUCUGGCCGCGGCAAGGGCGGGAAGGGCCUGGGCAAGGGCGGCGCCAAGCGCCACCGCAAGGUGCUGCGCGACAACAUCCAGGGCAUCACCAAGCCCGCCAUCCGGCGGCUGGCCCGGCGCGGCGGCGUCAAGCGCAUCUCCGGCCUCAUCUACGAGGAGACCCGCGGGGUGCUCAAGGUGUUCCUGGAGAACGUGAUCCGGGACGCCGUCACCUACACGGAGCACGCCAAGCGCAAGACGGUCACGGCCAUGGACGUGGUCUACGCGCUCAAGCGCCAGGGCCGCACCCUCUACGGCUUCGGGGGCUGAGCGCACCGAAUCCCCCGUAUUUCCAAACACAAAAAGGCCCUUUUUAGGGCCCCCAAGUUUUCCCUGAAAGAGCUUUAGUGCUUGUCUACCAACAGCUCUGGGUAGAGCCGUUGCGUAAGUUUUUGGUUAUGCUUACGAGGUUGGUUCUGCGUGGGGCGUUGAAGACGCGGAGAGAAUGGUACUGAGUGGCCGGGGGCCAGGGCCUCUGCUUACCAACCGCUUUUCGCAGCGGGGUGGGAACCGCAUGGGAUCUGGAGACCUUAGAUUUGAAGGACCAGGCCUCUAACACUAACCUGGGUUCCUUCGAAUAUGUUCCUUAAUGUCAGGGCGAAGGGUGUAAACAAAAGGAAUAGGAACCUUGAAAAAUAGUGUUUGGUUAAGAGGAGUGGCAGAGAGCUCUAGUUAGUACUUUAUCUUCUCUACAGUGUAGAACACAGACAAAAUACGCAUUUAACUGCUGGAAUUUAAAUUGCUGUUAUUUCCCCCAUUACAAAUAGCACUGCUAUGGGCAUUGUACUCAGCUGUAUGCUUUUCUCUGGUUGCAGAUCUAGGAGUGGAAUUGCUUGAUAAUGGGGUCUGUGCAUAUUCAACAUGAAAUGAGCAACUUGCUUUCCAAGGUUGUAUUUUUAGUUUACACCCCCAUAAUCCACAAGUACUCAGAGUUCCUCUUCAACAUUUCACUAAUGGCAGACUAAAAAUUUUUGGUCAGCAUUUGCUAAACUAAAUCUCAUGUAUUUAAAUUGCAUCUCUGAUUAUGUUGCCUAGUUUUACAUGUUUGGCUACUUCGGAGUCACGUCAUAAUGUUGGGUUCAUAUUUUUAGUAGUUCCUUCAAAUGCUGCCUGUUCAUAUAGUAAUUAUUUCCCCUCUCCCUUAAUUCCCCAAAGAACUGCAGGCAUAAGUAGACAAAAUUUAGGCUGCUUAUCUCAUGAUUUGGCUUGGACAGUCAGUCUUUUCUGAAAUCACUGAUAACAGACUGAUUUUCCUAUUCUCUUAAUAGACAAUGAUUAACCGAAAGCCUAAAAUUUGCAAGGCACUAUAAAAGACAAAGGUAGAGUGAAGAGAAGAAACCAUGCCAUGCCUGGAACAGUUUAUUCAAAUUUGUGCUAAAUGCUUUCCUUGGACUCUCUCAUGUAAUAAUCUUCUGAGGUAGGUUUUAUUAUUCUCAUUUUAAAUUGGCAAAAGGUACUGACGGCCAAAUCAAAUGACCAAGUCACAGAUGUUCUAUUUUAUAACCCAGCCUCGUAAUAUUUUUAACCACUCUCUGGGCAGCUGGAGAAGCCCUCACGAAGAGUGGGUUGCAGUCUUGGUCCUCCCUAGAGUGCAGAACUGAGGGAAGAGGUGCCUCUGAGCAUCCCAAUCUGACCAAUUAUUCCAAUGUCUUCUACAGUAGGUCUGAUUGUGGGCCUGAGAAAGUCACUUUUCUCUAUUCAGAUUUCAUAGUCUCUCUGGAGAGCACAGAAUUUAGCAGCUGAAAUCACAAAGUUCAGAUCAAUCUUGUACAGAUAGGCUAACAGUUGCAGAGACUUUAAUUUGCUCAAAGCUGCUAGUUACGUGCCCGUUCCCCCGUUAUACCACCUACUGCUUACUCUCCAGCCCUACGCAUGACGGUACUAACGUACCUUGUGAGUCGUACCAUUCCACUGUCUUACUCGGGAGGUUUAUCUUUGCCUUGAAGACCAUUGCUCUGCCAAUGUCAUGCCCCUUCCGCCAUGCCUUACGGCCCAUAACAUCAGACAACCGCUGGGCGAAAAGGCUGACUUCGGGAGAUCACUGGGGGCUAAAUUUACUAAUGUACAAAUGCAGAUUAGAACUGCAACGGAGCAAGGCCACAGGACCCAUGCUGUUAGGAUUUAAACAGGAAGCCACACUCGCACACAACCAAAGAAUCCGCUUUCGCGCCAAAGGCAGGAAUCAUUUUGUACUCACACACAACACACACUUGUGUUAACAUCCGUUAAGGGCCCCGUUUACUGCAGAAAUACAGCAGACACCGCAGUGCGUCGGGGUCCUUCUGGCCACAGCACGCAUUAGUCGGAGGAAUGGAAUCCGCAUAACCGCCCCAGGGUAACUGCCCGAACCGAUCGCGCAUUUGCAGCUCUAUUACCGACACCUUAGUGGCUCUGAAAAGAGCCUUUGGGUUAAGUUUAAGCAC